AUGCGCUCUACCGUACACCAGCUGUCUGUCAGUAACUAUUCAUCGAUUUUGGGUGUUCUUCUACUGUCCAACUCUCAUUUGAAUUCUGACCACCUAUUGAUUUUGACGUUUGCAGAAAGAAGAGCCUCAAAACUCGCAGAAAUGAGUGUAGCCGGGAAGCGUAAAGCCGGAAAGCCUUUCUCACAACGAAAAAAUAAUAAGCUGCCAAAAAAAUCAAAAUCGGAGCCAAAAAAUCGAAUUUCGCUAUUGAAGCUUCCCAGAGUAGUACUACUGGAAUGUAUUGCGAAUUUGGAUAUUUCGGAAAUAAUCGUCUUCUCUCUUCUCUCAAAACGUGCCAAAAACAUUGCGAAGCUCAUACCUUGGAGCCCUCUGACUAUUCGUUUGUUACUCGAAUAUGAUCUUCAAGUUACUUUAAAAAUUCCAAAUGGACCAGACCAAACCUGGAAUAUUCGAUAUAACAAUAGAGAAACAUCAGAAUUUCUUCAAUUAUCCAAGUUGAUUGGAACAUCAGUGAAUCAUUGUUUAUCCCUAAAGAAUAAUGGAAAUGCGAUUGAAGAUUUCAAACAAAUGGUUGAAAAUAUCUACGAAGUGUUUCAAUCACCAAUUUGUAGAAUUGAUACAUGUGAUGAACAAUUUAUCGAGUGGAUUAUCAAAAUUCAACCAACAGAAUGGCACAAGGGAUCAAAACUUCACAAUUUGGAAUAUCUGAAAAUUGAAACCUCCUCCCUCCGAAAUCUAAAUGAUAAAAACUAUGCAAAUGAGAUUUUGAAGGACUUGAAUCUGACGGUUAGUGUUGGAAACGAUGGAAGACCAACGAAGGUAAGAAUCGAUGAUGAAUUUGUAAACACGCUACCACAUGUAGACGUUGUACGCAACUUAAUCAGAAACGAUGGAAUGAUUGGAUCUAUCUUCCGAAGCUACACUUCGCAUCAUUUUAGAAUUACAGAUAGAUGCUUCCAUUUCCAGGUCUGGAGAAAAUGA